AUGAAGGAAAAUAAGGGACAGUCUCCUAAGAAGCUUAAAUUUCACUUCCCCGAGCAGAAUCUUAAUGAGAAAAUCUAUGGAAAUCAAAUAUAUAUGCAGGAGAACUUAGACGGGCUUUCUCCUAACAUGGCCAAUAAUAUCUUUGAUAAUUUUGAGGCCUCUCACCAAGAAACCUUCAAUGAAAAUAAUAGAGGGCAUUGAAUGCAAAAUUUAUCUCCGAGCUGGAAGACCCAGCGAGAUAGUGGAGGUUGGAGCAAGAUUUUCAAAAUAUUCAUAUCUCCACCAUCAGUAGGAAUUCUACAAGAAGUAUUGAAGGGGAAAGAAGAUAAGAGAAGACUAACGAAGGUUUGCAAACUCUAUAAAAAGCUGAACAAAAGUUUAUAAAUAAGAGAAAGAUUGGUUCUAUUCAGGAGCAAUUCGAUAGUCCUUUCACACAGAACCCUAACUUCCCAACUAUUUCUGAGGAUCCCCAAAAGCACCCUGUCAAGAUCAUGGAAGAUCUCUCUUUGUACAAUAAACAGAACAUGAAUAAUUUCGUCCAAAGCAAAUACUCCAGAUUCAAAGAAGACAACUAUGACGAAAUCCAGCUGUGGAAAGGUCAAAAAUCACAAAGAGCCAUAGGUAAAGCCAGACGAAGUAGUUGAUGCUGAACAUAUUGAGGGAAGGAAAAAUAUCUCAAUGAUGUCAAGUGGAGGAUAAAAGAACUCACAUAUGAGCCUGAAAAAGACUCAGAAGAAGAUCCUGAAGAUUGUAAUAUUUCAGAAUUUUCUUCGUCGACAUUAGACAAAAAGAAUGCUAUGACAAGUACUUAUAAGACAAGAAAUAUUGAACCUAAAUAGAAACAGUGUGAUAGAUUGGAAACAUAAGCUGAUCAAGAUAAAAAGGUGUAAUAGGAACCCGAGGAGGACGAUCGUAACAUCUCAUCCAAACGGAAGUCUUCGGAGAUAUAAUCAAGUUUCUUCAAGUCUCAAUAAAGGUGUAGCUGGAUAUCAUGAAACUCUUAAACCUCAUGGGUUACUCGACAAAAUCCUAUCAUCAGCUUCAGUAACCACAAACACUCAUACAGCCAACGAAGUAUCUCAAACUAACUCUCAAAGAGAGUUUGACCCAUAUUCCAGAUAUGAUUGAGAUUUCAUUCAUAACAACAAGCUAGUGGUGCCUGCUGUCAGAAGGUGCAAGCCUUAUUGCUCAACUAAGGAAAUAGCAAAGAUAUACUCAACACACGAUGAGUACUAUGUGCAACCUGAAAGAAAUGCUCAAAAGACAGUUCCAUUUAAGAAGAGAAAAAAAUCUAGGAUAAAGCUCAUGAGCCCUCUUCUCAAAAGAAAGAGAAUUUCAAGAGUAAGAAUUUCGCAAUCUAGGAAUAGAUAUAAAGAAUUGAAGGCCAUAUACAGUUUAAAUUCUUAGCAAUUUUCUAAUAAAA